UUUGCCUCGUGCGGUCCGCUCAGUCAGUCAGUCUCUCGCUCUCUCUGUUCAGUGCGCGCAAGGGAGGGUGAAUGGAUGUCACCGCGAAGCCUCGUGCGGGAAACACAUCUGUCUCGGUUUUUAACGUGGAAUUAACAGAAUCAGAUCUCCAGGACUUUUAGUAUAUUUGUCAACCAAUUGAAAACGGACAGUAGGCCUAAAUGGACUUGACUAAAUCAAACGGAAUUCACAUGAAUAUGGAAGGAUUAAAUGAACAGCAAACUGAGAACAACGGUCAAUGUCAUUGCGCUCUAGGACCGUUUAUGUGAUCGUUAGACUUCUGAUCUCUACCGGAAUAUAAGAGUUUGGCAAUAUUGUUGAGAUUAACAAUGACAAUAUAAAGCAUAAUUUUUGUACAUAGUGACAGUAUAUACUAUGUUACUAGUAGGGCUCUAUUGGAUCGUUCUGCAGUGGAUUGGAGAACUGAACACAUAUAAGUGGAUUUGACGUCUGCGUGUAACAGAGGCAAAGGAAACAGGUUCAGCUCUUCCCUUCAGGCAAGGCCUUGUCUCUCUACACAUUUCCGUGUGUGUGCCUCGGACGGACAGGGGGAAGGACAUGUGACUAGUAACCGAGAAAAAUGGAUUACCUCUCUCCAGCCAACAUCUCCCAAGAUGCAUCCCUUCUCUUUUCCGACGCCGGUCCCCACAGCAACGACCUUUACCUCGGUUACCGUGACUACGACCCCGGCAACGACGACCCCGCCACGGAAGAUUCGUCGCCCCUCCCGCCCUUCUACGCAGACACCCCCCUCCUGGAUUUGGGAGACUUGGGAGGGUACGGUCCCGGGGUGGGGGGGUACGGGGACAGCUCUCUGGCAGGACUGGGGGACAGUACUAAACUAGUAGGGGUCCAGGCGGUUUUAAUACUAGCCUACAGUACCAUUAUACUACUAGGAGUAGUGGGUAACUCUCUGGUGAUAUACGUGGUGUAUCGCUUUAAGACGCUGAGGACAGUUACUAACUUCUUCAUAGCUAACCUCGCUGUCGCUGACCUCCUGGUGAAUACAUUAUGUCUCCCCUUCACGCUGGUCUAUACUCUGCUCGGGGAGUGGAAGUUUGGCCAGGUGCUUUGUUUCCUGCUUCCCUAUGCACAGGGAUUGGCUGUCCACGUAUCCACGGUGACGCUCAACGUCAUAGCCCUCGAUAGACACAGGUGCAUAGUGUACCACCUGGAGACCAGGAUGAGAAAGGAUGUGUGUUUCGGGGUGAUUGCCGCCACAUGGGUGCUGAGUGCGGUGCUGGCCAGCCCACUAGCUAUCUUCAGAGAGUAUGGUACCUUCAAUCUGGCUCCAGGACAGUUUAUACAGGUGUGUACAGAGAAGUGGCCGGGCAGCUCAACAGACGGGACAGUCUAUUCAAUCUCCAUGCUCCUCCUCCAAUACGUUCUCCCUCUGGCCGUCAUCUCCUUCGCCUACGCCCGUAUCUGGUCCAAGCUCCGUUCCCACAUGUCCCCCGCCGGCCGCAACGACCGCCACCGCCGCCGACGCAAAACCACCAAGAUGCUGGUGACCAUGGUCGUGGUGUUCGCCGUCAGCUGGCUGCCUUUCCACGCUUUUCAAUUGGCCACGGAUAUCGACAGCUCCGUCUUGGACAUGAGAGACUUCCGACUGCUGUACACGCUGUUCCACGUGGUGGCCAUGUGCUCAACGUUCGCCAACCCUCUGCUCUACGGGUGGAUGAACAGCAACUACCGGACCGCGUUCAUGACCGUGUUCCGCUGUGACCAGAGAAUGGAUAGUGUGCAUCCGGAGGGAGGAAGAGGGAACGGAGGAGGAAGAGAGGGGGGAGGGAAAGAAGGAGAGGGGGGAGGGAAGGCGGGUGGUGAAGAAGAAGGAUUGAAAGAGGGAGGAGGAGGAGGAGGAGGAGGAGGAGGAGGAGGAGGAGGAGGAGGAGGAGGAGGAGGAGGAGGAGGAGGAGGAGGAGGAGGAGGAGGAGGAGGAGGAGGAGGGACAAAGAUGGACCUAGAGGCACAGGACGUUGUGACAAACCAUCUCAAUGCUACAGACCUCUGAGAGAGAAGAUAGAACGAAGGAGAGAGAGAUGGAGAGAGACAGAGAGUGAAGGAGAAAGGAGAGAGAGAUGGAGAGAAAAAGAGAAGUAGAGAGAGAAGAAGAUAGAGAGAGAGUGAAGGAGAAAGGAGAGAGAUGGAGAGAGAGAGAGAAGUAGAGAGAGAAGAAGAUAGAGAGAGAGUGAAGGAGAAAGGAGAGAGAUGGAGAGAGAGAGAGAAGUAGAGAGAGAAGAAGAUAGAGAGAGAGUGAAGGAGAAAGGAGAGAGAUGGAGGGAGAGAGAAGUAGAGAGAGAAGAAGAUAGAGAGAGAGUAAAGGAGAAAUGAGAAAUAGAUGGAGAGAGAGAGAGACGUAGAGAGAGAAGAAGAUAGAGAGAGAGUGAAGGAGAAAGGAGAAAGAGAUGGAGAGAAAGAAAGAAAGAGAACAUAAGAGGGAAGAGAAGAGACUGAAGAGAGAAAAUCACUGAGAUGGGAGAAAGGAAGGCUAGAGAGAAUAAAUGCAUCUUUGAAAGAACACAUAAGAUGAGGGUGAGAGAGCGACAGAGAUAGAGAGAUUAAACCACUGCUUCCGGAACACAUAAAUAUAGAGAAAAUGUCAGAGAUGGGAAGAAACAACAACAACAAAAAAAACAAAGAUGACAGAGAGAAAAAAACAAGUGAAAAGGAGCUUAAAGUACUAACCAGUUUAGUCUGUUCCUAAGUGGGGAACAGUAAUGGGCUGGGACUGGCUGGCUGGCUGGCUGUGCACAGGUGCUGAUGACCUACAUUCAGUCCCAAAUGCCAGGAUGUUUUUGGGUCGAAGCUCUAGAGUUGUUUGAAAGGUUGGUUGUGUCCCAAAUGGCACCUUAUUCCCUAUCAGGACCCUGGUCAAGAGUAGUGCACUAUAUAGAGGAAUGGGUUGCUGUUUGUUUGUUUGUGUGUGUCUGUGUGUAUGUGUGUGUGUGUGUGUGUGUGUGUGUGUGUGUGUGUGUGUGUGUGUGUGUGUGUGUGUGUGUGUGUGUGUGUGUGUGUGUGUGUGUGUGUGUGUGUGUGUGUGUGUGUGUGUGUGUGUGUGUGUGUGUGUGUGUGUGUGUGUGUGUGUGUGUGUGUGUGUGUGUUUGUGUGUGUGUACGUGUGUGUCUCGGCUGUCUCUUGAUGUCUUGGUAUUUAUAUAAGUCAAUGGGUGAGAUGGUGAAAAUGUGAAAGGUAACGUGAUGAGUCACAACGAUAGAGAGCAGGAAAAGAAUGUGAGACACUGGUGACAUUAGAAAAGCAUGACAAACCAUAGCAUGUUAGGGAAACUGUAGCGUGACAUGGGCGCCAUUUUGGAGACGUUUUGAGCCGCGAUGGAUGAAAUGGUGGCAAAUCAUGAUGUAACGUUGAUGGACUGACUGAAAUCCUAUAUAAUACACAAAUACAUAUUUUAUACAUAAUGUGGAUAAUGGAUACAUAAUAUCCUGGAUUUUUUUUGCAAGAACGAUGCAUUGUCAUCAUAUUUCUAAUGUUUAUCGCAGAAAAAAUGUAGACAGCUCCAUUUCCUAAUGUUUUGCUAAAAGUUAAUCUUGCAUUUUACCAGAGGAAAAUAGGCUUGGCUACAGCGAGAAAAGAACAGGAGAACAGUAGCUCCACAUCAGUCAGAGUGCUGUCUGCUGAUAGAAUGAUGGAGUAGCUCCACAUCAGUCAGAGUGCUGUCUGCUGAUAGAAUGAUGGAGUAGCUCCACAUCAGUCAGAGUGCUGUCUGCUGAUAUAAUGAUGGAGUAGCUCCACAUCACUCAGAGUGCUGUCUGUUGAUAGAAUGAUGGAGAACAGUAGCUCCACAUCAGUCAGAGUGCUGUCUGCUGAUAGAAUGAUGGAGAACAGUAGCUCCACAUCAGUCAGAGUGCUGUCUGCUGAUAGAAUGAUGGAGAACAGUAG